AACAGGAAUGGCGCGGGACAGACGGAUAAUAGUCGCAGGUAGAAAGGCAAUUGUAUUUACUCUAUAGUCAUGUGACUGGACCUUUCAAGUAAGGGCCGCUUUAUAAAGGGUUCGCUCUGACAAAGUUCCUAGUGAAGCGCCUACAGGCGGGGGAAGUGCUGCUUUCUCCUCACCACUCCCGCCCAUUUUGUCCCUUUGCCAAAAAUGUGAAAGCGAAACGCUGGUGUAACUGUGAGCUGCUCCCCUCCUACUAAUCACUGGAGUUAUUUUAAACUUCCAGCUCGGAUAACCCAGUGGAAACAACAGUCCGGAGUCAGGGAAAGCAGGAGGGAGGGAGGCAGAAAUGAGAGGGGGAAGCCCCGACAUGCCCGCGGGAUAAAGAGCGCAGGGUGCGAGUCCUAUGGAAGGCUGCGGAGACCCGAGGGGCAGUCUAGGGAAAGACUUACAAGGCUGAGGAGGAUGGAGGCGCAGGUUCUCUACUCCCGGACCGAUCCCCAGUGAUGUCCCUCCCGGUGCUUCUCCCUGGCUCGUGCUGCCCCAUGGCGGGUUUAUCCACUUCUAUGGGCAAUGUCCCCUCUGCUUCUGCCCCGGGGGGAGACCCGUCGCAUCACCGACCCCGCAGAAGUCGCGGAGGACUGCAGCCUCCUCGUUGUUCUGCAUCCCAAGGGCUUUGCUCCCCUCCUCCACCCCCUGCCUUAUCUUCCAGGCGCCGGGCGGGGUCCGGGCUUAUCCUGCCGGGGAGACCUCUACUUUCCCUGGGCUUGUUGCAGCUCAUCCUGGGCUGUUGUACUGUGGCCCUCAGCUUCGGAGCCCUUUCUCUCAGCAAGUCCCCCCAGAUCAGGAGCUCUUGUCCCUUCUGGGCUGGAUCCUCGGUAAUUCUGUCUGGUAUUGUAGGACUGACAACAUGGAAGAGGCCAAUGGUAUUGCUAGUAAACCUAUUUGUCAUGUUAUCGGUGGUCUGUGUCCUGCUGAACCUGGCUGGAUUUAUCUUGGGAUGCCAAGGGGCUCAGUUUGUAUCCAGUGUUCCCAGCUGUCAGCUGGUGGAACUGAUUGAAGGCAAAGUCUGUGUGUGUUGUGAAGAAAUCUAUGCCAACAAGUGCCUUGAAAGAGAGAACUUUCUAAAGCUUUUCCCGGUUCAGUCCUGUAAUGCAGUUCAUCUCUUACUCAAGAAAGUCUUCUUCGCUCUGUGUGCACUGAAUGCCCUUACUACCACUGUGUGCCUGGUUGCUGCUGCCCUGCGCUACCUGCAGCUCCUCACAACUAGAAGGCCCUGCACAGAUGAGUCGCAAGUAUCAGCUGAGGAAGGGGAAGAACAAGAUCGGGUUCCAGACCCUGACGAUUUUGUUGCUCCUGCGCCGCCUCCAUCUUAUUUCUCUACAUUUUAUUCCUGCACCCCCCGAAUGAAUCAGAGGAUGAUUGGCAAUGAGACAAUUCCUUUGCCACACAUAUAUGGAUCCAGGUUCAAAGGGAUUGAAGUAUAUUGCCCUAUGGAGCCACCUCCACCAUAUGAAGCUGUGGUCGGCCAAAGUAGUUCAUCUGAGGAGACAGCUGUACAAAUCCCAGAUACAGCAACAGUCAGCACAUCUUCAGAACCACAUGGUGCUCAGGUCAACCCAGAAUCUUCAAGUACAUGUAGUAUUGAGGUAGAGCCAGUACUCGGAGCCAGUGCACAAACUGAUGCAGCACCGGAAAGUGACUUAACAAAUAUGCCUUCCAGGAAGAGAUCGCACAGUGAUCCAGUCAUGUCUGACCUUCCCACAAAGGGAGGAGCGCCAAGCUGUGAAGCUGCCACACAAACAGAAGUAAGGCCACCACUGGAGACUGUCGCACUGAGACGAGCCUUGAGAGCAAGAGCCGUCCGAUCAAGACCUCGAUCUCUAGUAGAUUACAAAUCCUACAUUGACACUAAACUACUGGUGGCCCGUUUUCUAGGGGAACCAUCGUGCAGUAUGACUCCUGACAUAAGAGAACUAGUGGAAAGCAUCAAGACUGUCCUCAAGUCAGAUGAAGAGCACAUGGAUGAAGCCAUUCUCAGUGCCAAUUUCCUCGAUGAGGUAAUGAGCCCAAGCCAGCAAGUCACCAGCACAACUCGUAGAUUGCCAUGCAGACGAUAUCCUGGUCUUGUGCACUUAGAAAGCUGUGGAGAUGUAAGCACUUUUUGUACUGCAGAGACACCGAGAGAGGAGAGAAGAAACCAUCGGAGAGCCAGUGAAAGGCCCCAUAGUCUAAUUGGAGUUGUGCAGGAAACAAUAUUGUGAGGAAAUAAUCUGCAGACAUGAAGAGACUCUGUGUGGUCUCCAGGGAACUGUUCUGUGAGCCUGUGUUUUGGUUCAGUCCCUAUUGGUGUCAGUGCUGCGUUUACUAAAUAUCUACAAAUGAACUGGUAAAGUACCAAGGGCCAGUCAUGUUGAUAGAACACACAUUGUGGUGCUCUCUGUGUUUCUGGGACAGACCUAGAAGUCUGAUUAAUAUAAACGAAAAACAAAAGCGUUGUAACAUUGCAAGCAUUGUGUACAAAGUUUUUAGAGUGGAAUGAUCACUGUGUAUAUAGAUUUAGAUGUCUCAGGGUUUUGCAAUACUGUGAGGUAAUGCAUCAUGCACUGUAUUAAUGUGCAAUCUUGCUUUUUCAAGGCAUGGUCAUUUUAAUCUGUAAAUCAAUGCUUGCACUAAAGAUUCAGUCUCCUUUAAUAAUAUGAUAUGCUGGACUACUGAGAUGAAAUAAAGCAGAUGCACUCUCACAUCA